CUGAUGGACACACUUGAUUCGCUAGGACCUGAAUCACCGGCCUUGGACAGUGGAGGAAACCAGUCUGUUUGUGGGAAAGGAUUUUCAGGAACGGUCAUCAAUGAAGCAUUGAUGAUGAUGGCUGAACCUAGGACAACUCCCCUAAGGAACUCUUGCAGAGAUGCCCUGGAGCUGUGAUGACUGACCUCCAACAACGACAACCACCUUCCUGUAUACUACAUAUGACUCCAACCAGUGGAGAGAUUUUCUGUGAUUCACAUCAACUCCAGUUUUGCUUGGGCUCUGGGUUCAAAUGUGGCCAUGAUAGCAAGGGUAGCCACUCCUAGCCCACCUCUGGAAUUCAGCUAUUUUAUCCAAAUUUGAACCAAUGCUGUAACAAGGCUAGUGUGAACUUGUCACUUUGAGUGGAAGAAUAGAAAACCAGAAUGCCAUUAGAACGGAGAGGUUGUAGAAUUCUUUAGUAUAGAGGGAUCUUGGUGUCUUGGUACACAUAUCUCCUACAGUUAGUAUGCACGUAUGGCAAGUGAUCAGGAAGCAGAUGGAAUGUUGUUUAUUGGAAUGGAGGGUGGAAUAGAAAAGAAGGGAAGAUCUUCUGCAGCUGCACAGGGCAUUGGUGAGACCACAUCGGGUGAAUGCAUACAGUUCUGGUCGCCUUAUUUGAAACAUAUUUGCUUUAGGAGUAAUUCAGGAAAGGUUCACUUGUCUCAUUCUUUAGACAAAAGUUGCUGUUAGGAAAGCUUUGGAAACAGACCUACACCAAUCGGGAUUUAAAAGAAUGAGAGACAUUUAAAAAGUUCAGGGGACUGGUUAGGGAGGAUACCAUGAGGAUGUUUUCUCAUUUGGGGUGCCUAGAACCACAUUAAGAAUAAGGGGUCUCCUUUUUAAGUUGGACAUGAAAAUUUUUUUUCUCUUAUGGAAGCUGAUAUGUGGUAUUGUCUUCCACAGAAGAUAGUGAUGCUGGGUUUUUAAAUUUAUUCAAGGCUGAGUAUGAUUGAUUUUUUGUAGACAAGUGAGUUUGAGGUUACGAGGGUUCAGAUAGGAGAGUGGAACUAAAACCACAAACAGACCAGCCAUCAUUUACUCAAAGGGAGGGCUUGAGCGACUGAAUGUCUUACUGUUCCUAACUUCCAUAUUCCUAUAUGUGGUUAUAGACUAGGUGACAGGAUUUCUUUCCUGAAGGAUAUUAGUGAUCCAGUCGAGGUUUACUGACAAUUGGGCAACUUUUGCAGUCAAUGCUUCCCAGAGGAGACCCCACAAAUGUUUGGUUCCUUUUCAUUGCAUGCCUUAGUGUUUCUGUGGACUGUCUCUCACUCCUGUUUUUCUGUUUUAAAUUGUUGUCACAGGAUAUGAGAAAUGGUGAAAUUGCAACGAGAAAUUCAAAGUAAGUGUCUUUUCAGGUACUAUCAGUCUAUCAGAAGCUGAAUAUCAUUGGAUUUUGAACAUGGAAUGUAAAAAUAGCAUUCACCUUGGUGGAAAACCAUAUAGAUGUUCUUUGUGUGGGCGAGGCUUCAGCCAGUCAUCAGGUCUGUCGAGACACAAACGUAGUCACACUGGAGAGAAACCAUGGAAAUGUGCAGAUUGUGGGAAAGGAUUCAGUCAACUGUCCCAACUGGAAAUUCACCGGCGCUGUCACAUGGAGGAGAGGCCAUUCACCUGCUCCGAGUGUGGGAAGGGAUUCAUUCACCCAUCGUGGCUGCAGGCUCAUCGCCGCAGUCAUACUGGGGAGAGGCCGUUCACCUGUUCCAAAUGUGGGAAGGGAUUUAUUCAGUUGUUCAACUUACACAGACACCAAAGCACUCACUUGGGGGAGAAACUGUACACAUGUUCUGUGUGUGGCCAAGGCUUCAGCCAAUCAUCCAACCUCUCAGAACAUAAAUGCAGACACAAUGGGGAGAAGCCAUGGAAAUGUGGUGACUGUGGAAAGGGAUUCAAAUCCCCAUCUGAGGUGGAAACUCAUCGGCGCAGCCACACGGGUGAGAGACCGUUCACCUGCUCUGACUGUGGGAAGGGUUUCACUUGUUCUUCUAACUUGCUCACACACCAGCGUGUUCACACUGGGGAGAAACCAUUCAACUGUCCCAGUUGUGGGAAGAGAUUCAGUCAGUCAUCCCAGCUGCUGACACACCAGCGCAUUCACACUGAUGAGAGAGCUUUUAAAUGUCCAGACUGUGGAAAGCGCUAUAAAACCUCCGAGGAAUUGACAUCCCACCAAAGUGUUCACACUGACAAGAGACCAUUCAGGUGCUCUCACUGUGGAACUGGCUUCAGACAAUCAUCUCAACUAACCGUACACCAGCGAACUCACACUGGGGAGAAGCCGUUCACAUGCUCCAUGUGCGGGAAAGGAUUCACUCAGUCAUCUAGCCUUCUGACACACCAUCGUGUUCACACAGGGGAGAGGCCAUUCACCUGCUCCGAGUGUGGGAGGGGAUUCACUCAGUCAUCCCACCUACUGACACAUCAACGAGUUCACAAGAAAUGAAAGUGAUUGGAUUUUGCUGUUAAUCAAAUACAGGCCUGAACCAUGUUCAUUGGCAUCUGUUUCUGCUGAUGAUAGUAAACACUAGCCCAGUUAUAGUGAUUAACGUUUUGGAUACAGUCAAAUAAAUGAGUUUUGUGCUCAA